UUCUACAAUUGAGAGAAAUAAUUUAAUCUUACAAAGGAAAAAGAAAACAAGAAAUAGGAGAAAGGACAGUAAAAAUGGAAGAGAUAAUGCCAAAGAAGAGAAGAAAAAUCUGAAGGGCCUAAAUUCUGCGAUAUUUUAGGUAAGCAAAUGCCUUCUUCUCUAUCUUUACGUUUUCAUGCUCUUUCAAAGAAAAUGCGAAGUGACCAAUCUCUGAUUACUCUCUAUUGAUUCUCGGUUUGUUGGCAAUUACCCUCUAAUGACUGUUUUAAUACUUUACUCGAUGUCUGCUUGCUGUAAUAGUCUCAAUUAUAGUUGUGUUUUAGUUGAUAGUAAAGUCUCCGCUUUUAGCCAUAAAAAUGUUUCCUUUGGAGGUAGAAAGAUUGGGAAGUUUAAGGUUUUUCCAGAUGGAUAUAUGGUGUCUUGGAGGAAACGGAGAAAACAGCAAUUGAGUUUCUACGUGAUGAAAAAUUCAUGUGAAAUGGUGUUGGCAAAUGGGAAGUGCAGAAAUAGCUUGUCUUCCGAUGAAGUUUCAAGGGUUCUCAAGUCGAUUUCGGACCCAAAAUCUGCUUUUUCUUACUUUGAGUCAGUUGCAGAGUUGCCCAACGUUGUUCACACCACAGAAAUUUGUAAUCAUAUGCUUGAAGUCUUGAGAGUUCAUAGAAUGGUGGGAGAAAUGCGUUUUGUAUUUGAAUUUAUGCAAAAGCAAAUCAUCAGGAGGGAUUUGAAUACAUACUUGACUGUUUUUAAGGGUCUUGAUAUCAGAGGUGGGCUUCGGCAAGCACCAUUUGGACUUGAAAGAAUGAGGGAUGCAGGUAUUGUUCUGAACGCAUAUUCAUAUAAUGGAUUGAUCCAUUUGCUACUUCAGUCUGGGUUAGUAAGGGAGGCUCUACAGAUUUAUAGAAGAAUGGUCUCUGAAGGUCUAAAGCCUAGUCUUAAAACUUACUCAGCUCUCAUGGUAGCUUCUGGGAAGAGAAGAGAUAUUGGAAUGGUUUUGGAUUUGCUAGAAGAGAUGGAAUCUCUGGGAUUGAAGCCAAACGUUUACACUUUUACAAUAUGCAUUAGAGUGCUUGGUAGGGCUGGGAAAAUUGAUGAGGCAUUUGGGAUUUUGAAGAGAAUGGAUGAUCUGGGGUGUGGACCUGAUGUUGUUACUUAUACUGUUCUCAUUGAUGCUCUUUGUAAUACUGGGAGACUUGAUCAAGCCAAGGAAAUAUUCCUAAAGAUGAAAGCUAGCAGCCAUAAACCUGACAGAGUAACCUAUAUUACUUUGUUGGACAAGUUUAGUGACUCUGGGGACGUGGAGUUGGUGAAAGAAUUUUGGAAUGAAAUGAAAGCUGAUGGUUAUGCUCCUGAUGUGGUUACUUGCACCAUACUUAUCGAUGCUUUCUGCAAAGUUGGAAAUUUAGAUGAAGCUUUUGAUAUGUUGGAGGUCAUGAGGGAGCAAGGGGUCUCCCCUAAUCUUCAGACUUACAACACAUUAAUCUGUGGACUAUUGAGGCUAAAUAGGGUUGGUGAGGCUUUGGAACUUUUUACUAAUCUGGAAUCUCUAGGCAUUAAACCUACUGCUUUUACUUACAUACUUUUCAUUAACUAUUAUGGAAAGUCUGGUGACCAUGGUGAAGCUCUCAAGACCUUCAAGAAGAUGAAGGCUAGAGGAAUUGUUCCUAAUGUUAUUGCUUGCAAUGCAUCUUUGUAUGGUCUUGCUCAAGCAGGGAGGCUUCGUGAAGCAAAAGCUAUUUUCAAUGAGCUUAAAAGUAGCGGGCUUGCUCCAGAUUCAGUUACCUACAACAUGAUGGUGAAGUGCUAUAGUAAGGUUGGGCAAGUAGAUGACGCCAUCAAGUUACUCUCUGAGAUGUUGGAAAAUCAGUGUGAGCCUGAUGUAAUGAUCAUUAAUUCCUUGAUUGACAUGCUUUUCAAGGCCGGACGAGUGGAUGAGGCAUGGGUAAUGUUUCAUAAAAUGAAGGAAAUGGCGCUUGUCCCUUCUGUUGUGACCUAUAACACAUUAAUAUCUGGAUUAGGGAAAGAAGGUCAAGUCAAAAAGGCAAUUGAAUUGUUCGAGAGUAUGACCAGACAUGGGUGUCGCCCUAACACAAUAACUUUCAACAUCCUGUUGGAUUGCCUUUGCAAGAACGAUGAGGUUGAUUUGGCUUUGAAAAUGCUGUACAAAAUGACACCAGGGAACUGUGCUCCUGAUGUUCUGACUUAUAACACUAUCAUUUAUGGCUUUAUUAAAGCAAACAGAGUUAAGGAUGCAAUUUGGGUCUUUCAUCAGAUGAAGAAGUUGCUUUACCCUGACUAUGUGACUUUGUGCACCCUUCUUCCUGGUGUUGUUAAGGAUGGGCAGCUUAUGGAUGCCUUCAAGAUUGCUCAGGACUUUAUUUAUCAAGAUGGGAUUGAUACAAACGGGUCAUUUUGGGAAGAUUUAAUGAGUGGGAUCUUGACGGAAGCUGGAAUGGAUAAAGCUGUACAAUUUGCUGAGACAUUGGCAUGCAAUAAGAUCUGUAAGGAUGAGUCUAUUUUGUUGCCUCUAAUUAGAAAUCUGUGUAGGCAUAAAAAAGCUGUUUUUGCCAGAGAAUUGUUUGCAAAUUUCACAAAAAAUAUGGGGGUUAUCGCAAAACCAACAGCAUAUAAUUUGUUAAUUGAUGGACUACUUGACGUCCAUAUCACUGAAAUGGCUUGGGAACUUUUUGAAGAGAUGAAGAGCAUUGGUUGUUCUCCGGAUAUUUCCACCUAUAACUUGUUGAUUGAUGCUUGUGGGAAGUCUGGUCAAACUGAUAAACUCUUUGAAGUGUAUGAAGAGAUGACUUUUCGUGGAUGCAAGCCUAAUACUAUAACUCACAAUAUAGUCCUCUCUGGUCUUGCAAAAUCAAACAACAUAGAGAAGGCUAUGAAUAUGUAUUAUGAUCUCAUAAGUGGUGAUUUCCGUCCAACUCCCUGUACAUAUGGGCCUCUUAUAGAUGGACUUCUUAAAUUGGGAAGACUGGAGGAUGCAAAGCAAUUGUUUGAGGAGAUGGAAGAAUAUGGAUGCAAAGCUAAUUGCGCUAUUUAUAAUAUUCUUAUAAAUGGAUAUGGAAAAGCUGGUGAUGUAGAUACCGCUUGUGACUUAUUUAAAAGGAUGGCUAAAGAGGGGAUAAGACCAGACUUGAAGUCCUACACCAUUCUUGUGGAUUGCCUCUGUUUGGCUGGAAGAGUUGAUGAUGCGUUGCACUAUUUUGAGGAAAUGAAGUUAACUGGCCUUGAUCCAGACUUGGUAUCUUAUAACCUUAUGCUUAAUGGGCUUGGGAAGUCAGGCAGGAUAGAGGAAGCUCUCUCUCUUUUUGAUGAAAUGCGGAAUAGGGGUAUAACUCCUGAUCUUUACACUUACAAUUCCUUAAUACUCAAUCUUGGGACUGUUGGAAUGGUGGAGCAAGCAGGAAAGUUUUAUGAAGAACUACAACUUAUGGGUCUUGAACCCAAUGUGUUCACCUAUAAUGCUCUUAUUCGAGGGUACAGUGUGUCUGGAAAUUCAGACCAUGCCUAUGCAGUCUACAAACAGAUGAUGGUUGGGGGCUGCAGCCCAAACAGGGGAACAAUUGCUCAGCUUCCUAAUCAGUCUUGAAUGUUGAAAUAUAUAGAUGCUUAUAUAUGCUACUCAUUAAACCUGGCUGGUGAUCUCCAGUUUACAAGGUGCAGCAGGCUUGGUUAGUCUUGCUGAUGCUUGAACCAGUUCAGAGAGUGGAACCUAUCUUAGCUGUGGCAGUUGAUGUUUCCCAUUCAAGUUUCAACGAGACUGAAUACUUCAUGUACAUCAUUUACGUGAGAUAUUAUGAUGUAAUACUAUGGUUUUAGUACGUGUAGAUGCCAUACAGAAUCUUUCAUGUCCUUUGCCUUUGGCUUGCAUUGUGCUAUCCUUCUAAAUGUAAAAAGAAAGAAAAUUUUAGAUCAUACUGUAUUAUUUGUGCAAUAUGUAUAUGAAAAAUAUCAGUAGUUUCCCCAUGGCCAAUCAAUGUUGGUAACUUUGUUGCCAUGCUAAUUAAUAUUUAAUAACCAUUGAGAUACAAUGGAAUAUCAAGAAAGGAUUUAAGGUGUAGUUUUGCAUUUAAAAUAUGUUGGUAACAACAUAUCCUGUCUGUCAGAUGAACAAGCACUUGUGUUCUCAUUUUGUCAAAAAAAAAAAAAAAAAAAAACAUUCUUCUGAUUUGAUGAUGUCAAGAUGUCCCUGCCGUCAACAGGUUUUAACAAAAGUCAAAAUCAAGGGCAAAAAGCGAGGAGGAUAUAAUUGUAAUUUAGGGGGGAUGCGGUGGCAGACUAGCUGUUACCCACACAACCGAAACACCAUUAUAGGACAUGUGUGAAGGUUUCCCUGUCUUUGGAAAUAACUGCAACCCCAUCAAGUAAACAGCAGCCCUUUAUCCAUCUCCUGCUUUUAUAAAAUACUCGAAAAUUCCUCAUAACUAAAAAUCUUUCUGUCUAAAGCCCAAAUGGACCAAAAUUUUAUAUACAGCAGCACAACAGAAAAACAAAACCAAAUACAAAACGAAAAGAAAAGUAAAAAAAGGCAACAGGGAUGGAAAACUAAGACAGAUGGAGAGAAGGAAAGAUGGAUAGUGGGGAUAGAUAUGUCUUCUAUUAUCCUCCAAAAAAGAAAAAAUAGAACUUAUCAUUUUUCCCACAUUUACCCUUCUCUGUAUCUCAUGAUCUUCUAUCAUUCUAAUUCUACCCAGGCUCUUCUUCCCCCUUUCUUCAUGGGCCUUUUUGGGUUCUCACAUUCUCCUUCCAGUUUCAGAGAUAGAGAAUACCAUUUCCACCACAGCUUCCUUAUUAUUAACAUUUUUAUUGUUUUAAACUUUUCUCCUCUUCUUCGUUUCUCUGCCCCCCCCCCCCCCCCCCCUUUUUUUUCUUUAUUCACAAUUUUAAUUUUAUAUCCCUUAUCUGGCUCAAUUCUGGAUUUUUCUGGUUUUAUUUUUUUUGUUGUGAAAAAGGUAAUAAUAACAAGGGCUUUUUUUUUGGGGGGGGGUCUUGAAAUUUUCCAAUUUUCUUCUCCUAAUUGGGGUUGUAGAUUGUUUUACGGAUUAUAAAAUUUUGGGCAAAAUGUUUUCUUUUUUGCUAAGAUAGAAGGGUUGGGAACUUCUGCAAAAUUUCUGAUACAGUUUCUGCUAAACUUCUAGUAAAGAAAAUAUCAAUUUUGAAGUAUAGAAGAUGAAAAGGGCUUCUCGAAAUCGGCAAUAUAACAAUAACUCUGUUGAUGAGGAAGCCAAGGCUAGACUAAAGCAUCAAAGCCUACUCCAGGAGUUCUUGGAAUUGCAAAAGGAAUUUGUUUCAAUGAAGAAGAAAUUGGAGACGGUUAACCAGAUGCGAGGAAGCCUUUUGAAUGAAGUUCGAUUCUUAAGACAGAGGUACAGCUAUUUAUCAAUGGUCAAGUCUCGAGAAUAUGGACUACAAAAAGAUUCUGUUCAAUCACAAAAUUCCUACCUGCAAAACAAGAUGGUCAAGAAUUUUGGUAUCAAUGUAUCUGUUGAGAGGAGACUGAAUUCUCUUCCUGAUUUAGAUCCAAAUGUGAUUCAUGAGGAAGGGAGUGGGAGAAGUCAAGUAGAUGUUCAGGCGGUGUCUAGAAAGGGGAAGAAGUCGCAAAACCGUUUGAUGAAUGGAAAAAGAGUGGGGAAGAAGAAAAUCUCAUGGCAAGAUCAGGUGGCGUUUAAGAUAUAAUGAAUAAUGAGUAUUCUUUUCACUCAUUGUUUUAGCAGUUAACUGAGGUAGGCACAAGAAUUAACUGUCUCCCUGUAAUAACUUCUGAUUGGCAUUGCUACUGAUUUUUAAUAUCAUUGUCUACACUUAUUUCUUCCAUUUUAACUGUGAAUCAGGACAAAUUUUCUCAGUUUGGUAUUAAAUGAAUAUAUCAGUGGAGUAUCAGUGACUGAUUUUCAGAAGUCUAGCUUAUGGAAAGGUUUUUUUUUCUUGAUGAUGGUUGGACAAGGUUUUCAGCCUUAGGAAAAGAUUCUUUUAUCAUAUCAAUAGAAUGAAUCCGUGGCUGUUUGGUUGCUAGUUUUGGAUUUGAAUUCUCUGCCAUGCAAUACUUCUUGUGCUAACGGGAAAUAUCAAGGGCAAAGUCAUUGAUUGAAACAUGGUGAACCCUUGAACAAUUUGGCAAUAUGGGCCAAGUUCCAAGAUACAAAAUUCAAUCCAUUAAUCCAAAAACAUUUCAAUAAUAAUAAACUGUACAUGUUAUUACUGACAUUGUUGAGACACAACACCCCAAUUAAAUCAUUGGUUCUUUUUUAAGAAAGGAAACAAAAGGCAUAUAUAUAUUACUUUCUUAAUAUGUCAUCAAAUCGUUCUGCUCUAAGCCAUCCCACAUAUUCAUAUUCCAAAAUUUGAGAAAAUGCAGGGUCCGCCAAUCUUCUUCAAGUAGAGGAUUUAGUAGCUCCACCAAUAGCUGCAACUGCUUUUUCUUGA